AUGAAUACCAUUCGAGCAACAACUGCUGUUUCCUCCUUGGAUAUUGGAUUCAAUACUAGUAUAGACACGAGUUCCAGUGCUCAAAUUGAUUCUGCUAGAACAAAAGUAUUGUCCCUAAUCAAUGAUGUUAUUUUGGCUAUUAAUGAAAAUAAUGAGCGUAUCAACGACAAUAAAGAUAAUUUGGCCGAAUCCUGGAAUAACAUAACUGAUGUUAUGGAUUUUGUUUUAGAAAAGUCAGAUCGUUAUAUUGAUGAGUUUAGAAGAGCUAGGAAUGUCGAUAAUGGAAGUACUUAUGGCAAGGGCAAAAACACUUUUCAAUAUCUGGAUGACAAUAUUAAAGUCGGCAAAAUUACAGGGAAUCCAAGGAAAAAAAUGGGGAAACCCCAAUUGGAAUUUAAGACACCCAUUGAUAAUACAGAAUCACAUCCUUUUAAACCCUUAUUGACCGAUAAACCUUUUGCAUUAAAGUCACUUGAAAAAUCUACUCAAAUAAUAGAUGCGGAAGAAGGUAUUCCUAUGCAUUACGCUAAUCCAUAUGAAGAAGAAAUUGACAAUCAACCGUACAAUACAAAGGUACUUCAACAGUUGGAAAUUAUAAGGCCUCAAGACUGGGACAAGACUGGUGCUACAUGGGUGGAUUCUGUUGAUGAGUUGGAACUGAUGAUCAAGGAAUUGCAAACUCAAACUGAAAUUGCAGUUGAUUUGGAGCAUCAUGAUUUAAGAUCAUACUAUGGAAUAGUGUGUUUAAUGCAAAUAAGUUCCAGAGAGAAAGAUUGGAUUGUUGAUACCAUAAAAUUAAGGGAUCAUUUACAAAAAUUAAAUACAGUAUUUGCUAAUCCAGAAAUUACCAAGGUUUUCCAUGGUGCCUUUAUGGACAUUAUUUGGUUGCAAAGAGAUUUGGGAUUAUAUGUUGUUAGUUUAUUUGACACUUAUCACGCUAGUAGGGCUUUGGGUUUUCCAAAACAUAGUUUGGCCUAUUUAUUGGAAAAAUUUGCGAAUUUUAAAACAUCCAAAAAGUACCAGUUAGCGGACUGGAGGAUUAGACCUUUAACGGAUGCAAUGUUUGCAUAUGCAAGGUCAGAUACACAUUUCCUGUUGUAUAUUUUUGAUCAAUUAAGAAAUAUGUUGAUAACCAAGAAUAAGUUGGCAGAUGUCCUACACGAAUCCCGCCUUGUUGCCAAAAGAAGAUUUGAAUAUGUCAAGUACAGACCAUCCAACUUAUCGUCUGAAGUGUAUUGCACACAAGAAAAAAUUGCGCCUUGGAAAUCCCUUAUGUAUAACUAUAAUAUUCCGUUAGACUCAGAAUUAUUGUUGAUAAAGCUUUAUGAAUGGAGAGACGCUGUGGCUAGAAGAGAAGAUGAGUCACCUAGGUAUAUAAUGCCCAAUCAAUUGUUGGCAUUGCUUGUGUCCAUGAAGCCAACUGAUCCUGCCGGUGUAAUGUCGAUUAGUAAUAAUGUUACAGACUUCGUUAGAAGUAAUUCCAAAAUAAUAGCCAAUAUUAUAAAAAACGCAUGCGAAGUACUAGCCAGCACGCAGAAUGGGACUAAGAAUCAAUUUAAGGUUGUAAAUAAAGAAGAUGCUGAUGAUGAUGAAGUUUUGAAACUGGUGAGUCCAGCACAAGUCAAAUAUAUGAACCAACAAUUUGAGGUUUUACAAGGUAAGCUACAAAAAGAUGGAAAUAUAUCUAUUGCUAUCAAUCCUAAGCAGUUUCAUUCUAGAUUUUUUGAAGGAGAUUGGGGUAAUCGGGUUGUUUCUUACCAAGAGGAUGGUGAAGUUUUAGUUGCUGAUGAAAAAAAAUUGAAUGAAAGGAAAAAAGACAUUAUUAAGCGCUUAGAAGAAGAAAACCGAAAAACAAUUGGUCCGUUGUCUGAGAUCACACUCACCACGACAGGAGUAGAUAGAACAUCUGGAUUUGACCGAACUAAUGAGGAAAAAGAAGCAGAAAAUCCCAAUAACUCCCAAACUAACGAAAGCAAGGAUUCUUAUAUGUCGACACCCGAUAAAGAUGAAAUUGUUGUGUUAAAGAGUAAAAAGAGAAAAUUACAAUCCAUAACACCCCGCGUAUCUGCAGAAAAGGAUGUAUCAGAGUCAGUUGAAGCUAUUGAUUAUGAAAAUAGCGAAAAAGUUAUGAAUUUAUCAAAGGGUAGGGUACGGGAUACUAAAGGUAAUAAGAAGAUAAAAUUUGAUCCUUAUACCAAAGAAAUCAUUGGACCAAAAGAAGUCAAAAAGAGAGCAAAGCCGGUAAAGGGUAAAAUGAUUACAUUCAAUAAAAGGUGA